AUGGGUUCAACUAGUUUCCUGAAGCCUAGGUCAUCUAUUUACAGAACUAAAAGCGGUUCUAGCGCAGGUUCUGACAAGGAAAUGAAUGCUAAACUUAAACGUUCAAAAAUCAGGCGACCGGCCAAGAUGAACGAAUAUGGAAUGAAGAGGAUACCGGAUUACACUGAGAUGGCUUACAAGGAGGCUGUGUCUAAACUGAAGUAUUUCCUUUCGGGAAAUAAUCCGCCAAGCGUACGAAGUUACGGUGGUUCAAUUAAAAAUCUGGAUGAAUCAGACGGAGAUUUAGACAAGAAGUACCAGAGCUCAUACAAUAAUCUAUCUGAAUAUAAACUAAGGCCGCGACUCACGAGUAAAUACUCCACUCUGUAUGCAGACAGCCUUAGCAAUUACAACCCGCCACAACCUACUAUUAAUACAAAUAAUCUCGUCUCCCAAGACGUCGGUAGCUCCAACCCUGACGUGGUGAACUUCAUUCAGAAACAAGAAGAAUACAUCGAACAACUGGAGAGAGAGAGCCAGUAUUGUAGGGACGAACUGAACAAUCUCCUCGGUAAAGUCAAAGAGGUUAUAACAGAAAACGAACAUUUACACGAGGCGCAGAAAAAUAAGAUUAUAUCUAGAAUGUUCCAUUCAUACAACGAGUCGGAAACUGACGAUUUAGAUGACGUGGGAGAUAGCACUGGGUUGGACAGUGACUCGAAGAUAUCACCAUCAAAGUCUCGUAAGACAAGGUCUCGUUCUACAAAACUCGAGGGUCCCAAUAUAGUAUUUGAAUCCCGGAUCUCCGAACUUGAAGCUCAACUGACGCAAUCAAAAAUAGACCUCAAGAAACUUCAGGACGAAAACAACGAAUAUAAACGGAAACUGGCGAAUGGGCUCGUGGAUUCAACUUGUCUAGAUGGAUUUAAACGACAAAUUGAUAAUUUACAAAGAGAUAAAACAGCAUUGGAGUCACAGAUAUCAAAAUUGAAACUAAGUUUGGAGCAAAAAGAAGGGGAUUUCGAAUCAAAAUACAAGAAAGGUUCUGAUAUUAUAGAACAGCAAUUACGAGAGGAGAGAAACAACUUGGAAACAGAGAUACGAAGAUUAAAGGAUGAGUUAUCUUCGGAGCGCGUAAAGAGUCGUUCUUUAGCUGGUGAGGGAGCUCGGCGUGCGGUGGCUGAGAGGAGCGCCGCGGAGCAGAGGUACCAUCAACACUGUGACGAACUACAGAGAGAUCUGGCUGUUCAGUACGACUAUGUGGCUAAACUACAGUUGGAUCUGGAGCGCCAACGUCGGGAGGAGAACGACUUGAAACGAGAGAUAUCAAUGAAAAACACAGCCAUAGAAGAACUUAAAAUGGAAUUGAAGAAUAAAACUGCAUCCCUUCAAGCGGAUUUGGCUCAAGCUCACGCUGAAAAAGCUGCUUUGGAAGAAGAACUUGCGAACGCAAGACUUGCUAUGGAGAGACAACAACGACAAGCUAAACAUGAGACCAAUAGACUCAACUCAGAGAUACAAUCUGUUCGUCAACGUUUGGAUAGAUCUGAUGCUGAUUUGGUUCACUCAAGACGUGAGAAUUUACGUCUAUCUGAACAAAUUUCCAACCUGGAAAGGGAGCUGAACAUGAAAAACUUGACUCCAAUAUCGCCGGAUAAAAAGGGAAAGGAAAAGGAAUUAUCCACAAUGUUGGAAUCCAUGGAAAAUAAACAUGGCAGUCGCAGUGCAGACGAACCAAUCAGAACACAGCGCGACAGAUCAACAACACGAGAUACACCAAUCAGAACACACCGUUCCACGCGCGUAAAAGAGUCCGAUUCGUCGAAUAAUUACCCGGUUGUAGUCGGUCCGUUGACGACAAAUCAGGAUCUCGGGAAUGUAAACGGUGAAAAAAUCUAUAAUCUGCCAUUGAUGAUUCAACAGCCCUUUUUACGAGAGAAAAAGGAGCCGAUAAAAGUUGAUAUCAGUGUUAAAUUAAUACCGAAAACAAGAAAGAAAGAUAAAAAAAGAAGGGAGGCGCGUGUAGAAGAAAUACAAUCACCAGAUAGAAAUAAGGGUGUUGUUAAUAGUAUUAAUUUGGAAGUCACCGAUAAAAAUGUACAACUUAUUAGAGAAAAUGUAGAAGUUAUUAAAGAUAAGACAAAUGAAACACAAAGAAGAGAAUCGUCUACUACAGAAUGUCAGAAAGUCAAUGAAAAUAUUGAAAAUGUCAAAGAUACAAUCGAAUCAAAUGACAAUGAAGAAGCAAUAAUAAAAGAUAAUAUUAUUACUGAUGAUGAAAAAUCAAAGUUUUCAGAUUCAAAACUAGAUGAUGAUUUGAAAUUAAAUAACACUGAAGAAGAAACUGAUUCAAAACAAGUAUUAGACGAUACAGAUGAAGAAACAAAAAUUUAA